AUGCUAACUCAGCAAGUAAUACAGGACAAACUCUCCGCCUCGAUCGCUGAUAUUCACAACGUCAUUAUUACAGAUACAUCCAACGGCUGUGGUCAGUCUUUUGAUGUGAUUGUGGUGAGCGAUACCUUCAAAGGCAAAAAUAAGCUACAGAGAUGUCGAAUGGUGAAUUCUGCUUUGAAAGAAGAGGUGGCACAGAUCCACGCAUUUGGAUCCAAGUGCUUGACCCUCGAGGAAUGGUCGAAAUUGGUUGUGUAA